AUGUCUUUUGCUCGCUGUGCGCGCCUUGCUCGCCUCUCCCUCGGGAGUGUUCGCUCUGCCACAAUCUCUCCUCGCGCAUUCGUCCCUAGAUCCACCCCUCUCGUGCGGGGAGUAGCGUCAUUCAACCGAGAUGCUCAGCAAAAGCUUCUAUCAUCCUCCCUGAAGGAUUCGGAUCCCGCGGUUUAUAACAUUUUGGAAUCGGAAAAAACUCGCCAGAAGAACUUCAUCAACCUGAUUCCCUCUGAAAACUUCACCUCACAAGCUGUCCUUGAUGCCCUUGGCAGUGUGAUGCAGAACAAGUACUCUGAGGGAUACCCCGGUGCCCGGUAUUAUGGUGGAAACGAACACAUUGAUGCUUCCGAGCGUCUGUGCCAGCAGCGUGCACUGGAGACUUUCCGUCUCAACCCGGAGGAGUGGGGUGUGAACGUGCAGCCUUUGUCCGGCUCACCCGCUAACCUAUACGCCUACUCGGCUUUGUUGAACACCCACGACCGCCUCAUGGGCCUGGAUCUGCCCCACGGUGGUCACUUGUCCCACGGUUAUCAGACCCCAACCAAGAAGAUCUCUGCCAUUUCCAAAUACUUCGAGACCCUGCCCUACCGCCUAGACGAGUCCACCGGCUUGAUUGAUUACGACGCAUUGGAGAAGCAGGCUUUGCUAUACCGUCCCAAGCUGAUUGUUGCCGGUGCCUCUGCGUACAGCCGUCUCGUCGAUUACCCUCGCAUGCGCGCGAUCGCUGACUCGGUGGGCGCAUACUUGUUGACUGACAUGGCCCAUAUCUCCGGUCUUGUUGCUGCCGACGUGAUGCCCUCUCCAUUCCCCCACUCCGACGUUGUUACCACCACCACUCACAAGUCUCUGCGCGGUCCUCGUGGUGCUAUGAUCUUCUACCGCAAGGGUCUGCGUCGCACCGAUAAGAAGGGAAACAAGGAGAUGUACGACUUGGAGAACCCUAUCAAUGCCUCGGUUUUCCCCGGCCACCAGGGUGGUCCUCACAACCACACUAUCACCGCGCUGGCCGUGGCACUCAAGCAGGCUCAGUCCGCCGAUUUCCAGGGUUACCAGCAGGCCGUACUAGCCAACGCACAGGCGCUGGCAGAGCGACUUGGUGAGUCUACCAGCAAUGGUGGUCUUGGAUACAACAUUGUCUCCGGUGGUACCGAUAACCACCUAAUUUUGGUUGACCUGAAGAACCGUGGUGUUGACGGUGCCCGUGUCGAGCGUGUUCUGGAGUUGUGCGGCGUAGCCAGCAACAAGAACACCGUGCCCGGCGAUAAGUCGGCCCUCAAGCCCGGUGGUCUUCGCAUUGGUACCCCAGCUAUGACAUCUCGUGGCUUCCAGCCCGAGGACUUCCGCCGGGUUGCCGACAUUGUGGACCGCGCUGUUACUUUGACCCAGAAGCUGGACAAGGCUGCCCGUGAGCAAGCGCAGUCUCGCGGAGUCAAGAACCCCGGUACUCUCAAGGCAUUCUUUGAGUACCUGGGUGAAGGCGAGGAGGUUUCAGAGAUUGUCAUGCUGCGACAGGAGGUCGAGGACUGGGUGGGCACAUUCAGCCUGCCUUGGGUCAAGGACCAGUAG